AUGCGUCUCUCAGUCACUUUGAUUCUUCUGCCUCUGGCUAUCUCGGUUGGUGGUCUCAUGAUCACCGAACCUGAGAAUGGCAACGCGAUUGAUGUAUCCGUCCCCUUCACCGUGAAGUGGUCCUCCGUCGAGACCGAUCCCAAGACCUUCGAUAUCGUGAUUGUCAACAACAAUGCCCAUCCCAGGGUUGAAGAGAGGGUCGCCUCCGGUAUUGACACGACCAAGGGCUCCUACACAGUCCCUGGUCUGAAGGACAUCGACCAUGGUAUCGGUUACCAAGUUAACCUGGUGUCCAACACAGUCCCGAACACCGGCAUCCUGGCACAGUCUCCGCAGUUCGAGGUUGUCCCUCCCGCUAAGGGCCUGUCGAACGCUUCUACCACCGAGGGUGCCUCUACCACCAACGAAGCUUCCACCGCCGAUGGACUUUCUACAUUGACCGUUUCGAUCAUUUCAGCUACCUCGACUGGUACCUCAGCCACUGCUACUUCUCAGACUGAUGUUUCCACCAAGACUGAGCUCACCAUCACCGGUACCUUGACGUUCAGUGUUCCCACCACCGCGGUUUCCACGGGAGAGUCGACCAUUGGCACUCAUACCACUGGCGGAAACAACACCAUUGUUUCCUCGACUACAGCCACUGAACUUAUCACCACUACCAGAAUUACCACCAACACUGUCAAGACUUCGAGCGACUCCGAUCUGGCAACUAGCACCUCUUACGCUACCGACUCUGCUGGUAGCACGACCACUACAGUUGCCCUUCCAACUCACUCCAAGGGUAGUGCGAUGGCUCUUGCUGCUCCCGGCGUUGUCGCUGGUCUUCUGGCUGGUGUUCUCGGCUUCAACCUCUAA